UUUUGUUACAAAAAAUCACGAGAAGAAGGAAAGAUAAAUGAAAAAAAACAAAGGGCAGUUGAGAAUAUUAGAUAGGCUUAUCGCAUGUUUGCUUCACGCAAGCAGCUAAAUGGGGGAGGGCUUUGCUCUAUCGCGUGGCUUUAAAGACUUCUUCUAGCGUUUCAAAUCCUCCAUUAAAUAAUAACAAUAAUUACAAAAACCCCAAAUACCAGAAACCAACACCCACCAACCAAACCCUAGACCAUCCCUCUUCUUCUUCUCCUUCUCCUUCUUUCCAUCCUGCAUAUAUACAAACCCUAAUUAUGUAACACAGUGGUUUUCCUUUUCUUUUUUUUUUUUUUUUUCAAGAACAGAAAGAAAGGGAGAAGAAAUGAGUGCAACAGCUAAUCCUAGCAGUAGCGGUGGCAGUGGCGGUGGCGGUGGUGGAAGCAGUAGCAGUGGUGGAAGUGGGCCAUGUGGCGCGUGCAAAUUUUUGAGGAGGAAAUGUGUUCCAGGUUGUAUAUUUGCGCCUUACUUUGACUCAGAGCAAGGUGCAGCCCAUUUUGCAGCGGUGCAUAAGGUUUUUGGUGCAAGUAAUGUUUCAAAACUUCUUUUACAUAUUCCAGUCCAUAAAAGGCUUGAUGCGGUGGUUACUAUUUGCUAUGAGGCUCAAGCUCGUCUAAGAGAUCCGGUCUAUGGCUGUGUUGCUCACAUCUUUGCUCUACAGCAACAGGUGGUGAAUUUACAAGCAGAGCUGACGUAUUUGCAAGCACAUCUAGCAACAUUAGAGGUUCCAUCACCGCCGCCUCCACCUCCUCCACCACCAGCGCUAGUGACUCCGCUUCCUCUCUCAAUAUCUGACCUGCCGUCAGCCUCUUCUAUGCCUGCCACCUACGACCUAUCUUCGCUUUUUGAUCCAAUCACACAGCCGUCAUGGACCAUGCAGCAGCGGCAAAUGGAUCCACGUCAAUUUGGAGGCAGCAGCACUAGUUCAUCACCAGCAAUUAGUGGUGGUGGAGAUCUUCAAUCCUUGGCACGUGAGCUCCUGCUUAGACAUGGAUCCCCGCAACGAGGUUCAAUGCCAUGUAGUGGUUCUUUAUCGUCACCAUCUAUCUCUAAAUGAGACUGACCCUUAAUUAUUGACAAGUUCUUGCCGCCGAAGUUGUACUAAAGUAGUUUGAUAAUUAUUGGUCAUAAUUUUUUUUUUGUUUCUCUCCUCAGAUCCUUUGCUUCUUCAUUUUCUUGAGGUUCUAGUGAAAUUCAAUAUUGGUUUACAGAAGUUUUGGAAGGAGUACAUAUAUCCUGUUUGAGAUAUAAUGUGUGUGCAGAGCUAUAAUUAAUUGGCUUAUACACCAAACCGAGUAUGAACUGUUAGUUCUCAAGAAA